UUUAUUAUUUUUAUCGAUUCCGAUUUUGUAAUUACAAAUGUACGGGAAGAGUAGGUUUUUGUGACAGGAAUCACUAUUAUAAUUCGAUUUUCUAAAAUAUCCAGGUCACUUAUUUUCAUUUUUAAAAGUUCAUCGCACCUAAAGGCUCCGGAAAUGCCAAUAAUUAAAGCAACCUAAAAAAAUUUAAUAUAACAUAUAUUUAAUAUGCACUAAAUAAAUUAAAAUUACCUUUUGAGGAAGAUAUUCUAUCGGGGCAUUUUUUAAAAAUGUAUCGAUGUCUGCUUCAGAAAAAACACUUGACUUUUUAGCUUGAUAUCCCACAUUCUGCCUUUUCAAAAAUGCCCGCAAUUUUGCGUAUUUACUAAUAUCAACAUUAUUUAAUACUGCUCGCAACAUCGAAUAUCUUGACCAUAAUGUGGAGGCUUUACUUUGUUUGCUCAUUUCACAAAAAUAAGCAAGAAGUACCGUCUCAGAGGUAUGCUGCACACCUUUAGCCACGCACCAUUUACUGUAUAGUUCAUAGGUGUUUUCAUACCUCUCCCUGCUUUUUUCAGGAAUUAUUCCUUCAGUAGCUCUCUCUGCAGCUAUCCGCAGUUCUGGUGGCGUACAUUCAAAUUCACUAUCAGACAUUUUUGUAAAAUAAACACAAUUUGAUUAUAUGUACAAUUAAUGGCGUCGUGUAUCGCCUAAAUGUCAGAUUCAACAAACUUGUUUUGUUACCUAGCAACGAUCUCACAGGUUACUUAAAAUAAUUCAUCUUAUCACAUAAUGAAAAUGGAUACAGAUAUUUGAAACGAAAUUAUUAUUGGUAGAUUGUGAGUAUUAGAAAUCCAUAAACUACUAACCGAUUGUGAGUAAAAUAGUAUACAAACCUCGCGGGAACUCAUUCUAGCCUCGCGUCUGUAGUUUACCUUGCCGCUCGGCUGAAAUAGAGUACUUUCCCGCUAGGUAUGUAUUAUACCAGGGGUGGCCAAACUACGGCUCGCGAGCCACAUGCGGCUCUUUGAAGGAUUACUUGUGGCUCUCGAUUGUACCCGAGUUAUUUUUCAAUUUUGUAUUAGAUAUGAUUUUAAAAAAUUAUUAUCGUUCCAUAAUAUGUGUUUCAAAAUGUCUUUUAAUUUACUGACAACAAACAUGAAAGACUUUGUAACAAAUUCCAUUUCCAUCCAAGAUAAGAAUGAUAUGACACAUCGAAAACUGCACUAACGAACAUUACAUAAGAGUGGCGCAAUGUAAAUGUCAGUAAUCAACCGAAUCCAGACCGAUUUUUGUAUAACUCUUGCUACAGAUGUAAUUUGUAAUUUGUAUUAGGUACACAUUUUGCAUUUAAGUCAUUUUACUCGACUUAGAAAAUUUUUUUUACCAUAUUAUACUAGAAAAACUUAACGAGUAGGUAUAUAAAAAAGCCGGAAGGAAUAUUGACCGAACUCCAAAAUAGAUUUGAAGACUUAAAAUAUGUUAAAUCGUCUCUUCAUUUUUUUCCGAAUUCAUUUGAAAUGAACAUAGGUGAAUUUUUUAUUAUUACCAAUAUAUGACCCAAACAACAUCUGGAGAAUUAAAAUUAAUAGAGACGCAAGAAGAUCAAGCUCGAAAAUAAAACUAUAAGUCGACGCCGAAUACCGAAUUUUGGAAAUUUGUUCCAGAAUCCAAGAAGGUACCCUAAAAAAGAAUGCUUGUCGAAUUAUUUCCAUAUUAGGAACAACGUACUUGUGUGGACCAUUUUAUUCCAUUUUAUAAUUCGUGAAAUCCUAACACCGAUCAAUAUUACCUAACCAGCAUCUAAAAGAAUUACUGAGAAGUCACAUAUUAAUCACCAAAUUCUAAAGAAUUAUCGAAAGAAGGAUAACAAAAACGUAAUUAAGUUUAAAUAUUUCGUAAUUGUAUUUCGGUUUUCAGUAAGUAAAAGUUCUGUUAAAAAAAUUGUAAAUACCUUCUAUAGAUACAGUUGUUCUCAUGAACAUUUUUCAGUGCGUCACAGUUUUUCGAUUUCUCUCUAAUACAUUAAGUUAGAUGAGACGGAAAAAGCGGCAGCUCCGUGAUUAAACACAAAAAUAAUGCAGCAUUACAAUGGUUAUAUACAUAAGAUGUCUAUUCCUAACCUACGUUUGAUUCGUUGAUAUUCAGAAUGCGCGUUUUUUCUAGCUAAUCAAAUACACGUAUUACGAACAUUUGACGAAAACUUCGUCCAUUUUGGCCAUUUUUUAGAAGUGUCAAAGAGUCAAGUGACGGUUAUUAGUCAGGUCAGUAUUUUGUGUACCUGUCAUUUCGAAAUUUCGAAUUCGACUUCACUUGUGUUUCACAACGUCUUUGUGCAUUAUUUUGUGUUUUGGUUUAGAAUUUAGUUCGUUAAAAGUUAGUUUUGUAUUUUGGUUUAGAAUUUAGUUCGUUAGAAGUUAGUUUAGUUCGUUAAUUAGUUAGAAGUUAGUUACGUUUAGUUAGUUAGAAGAGUUAGGGCGAAGAUGCCGAGGUAUACGGAAAAGGAGCAAAUUUUAAUAUUAAAAUUGCUCCAAUAUUUUCAAUUAGAAAAGGAAGCUGGACAAACUUUGUUACCAAUCUCUGCUGUUCGUGAAGUAAGUUUCAAAAUACUCUUAAAAUAAAAUUGGUUUACCUACUGUUUAUUUCAGCGUGUUGCUGAAGCAUUAGGAAUUUCUUUGCCAACUGUAAGACGAUUGGCAAAUGAAGGGAUACAAAAAGAUUUUGAUUAUUCCAGCAAACUGAGCCAAUCACACGCCGCUUGUCGUGAACCCAAAUUGAUUUUUACUAAAUACCAACAUACCAUCAGGAAUCGUGUUUACAGAAUGUUUAGUAAAGGUGAACAUGUGACUCUCAAGACCCUAAAAGAAAAGCUCGAGGAAAUGGAUGAGGUUCAGAUUUCCGUUGCUGCACUUCAUCGAGUUUUAGAAGAAUUAAAAUUCAGAUGGGUAAAUUGUAGUUUUUCUAACAGAAAGUAUUUAAUGGAACGACCAAAUGUUACCUUAAAGAGACUCCAAUUUUUAAAAGCCUACAAGGAAAAUCAAAACAGUGUAUGUCCGUUAAAACCAGUUUUCUUGGAUGAAACGUGGAUAUUCAGUAAAGGUGGAUUCCGAAAGAGCUGGCAAGAUGGCAGUAGUUAUGCAGUCAGAAAGAAGAGUGGAGAAGGUGUACGAUACAUUGUCCUUCAUGCAGGUUCUGAAAAUGGGUUUAUUGAAAACGGUGAACUCAUUUUCAAAAGUGGAAGUAAAUCUGGUGACUACCAUGAUUCGAUGAAUUCGGAUAAUUUCGGAAAAUGGUUUGAGCAUCAGCUUUUACCAAACUUAGAAGAACCUUCAUUGAUUAUAAUGGACAAUGCAUCAUACCAUUCAACUUUGGUUGAAAAAAUACCAAAUGCAAGUUGGGCAAAACAUUCUCUAAUAGAAUGGUUGACAAACCGACGCAUUAGCUGUUCAAUAUCUAUGAUGAAGUUUGAGUUAUUGGAUAUUGUAAAGAAGAAUCUACCAGAUAAGGUAUUUAAGUUUGAUAGACUGGCCCUUCAAUAUGGCCAUCGUGUCUUGAGACUGCCUCCAUACCAUUGUCAAUUUAAUCCAAUAGAGAAUGUUUGGUCUGACUGCAAAAGGUAUUACGAUGCCAAUAUAACUUCUUCUGGCGUUACAAAUGAAGCCACAGUAAUAAAUGUUUGGAAGAAAUCAUUACAACAGGUCACACCAGAAAAGUGGAGGAAGUAUGUUAGACAUGCAGAAAAACUUAUUGACGAAUAUUGGGAGACGGCAAAGAGAAUGGACACAAGCCACAUAUCUCCUAUAAUUAUUGAUUUAAAUGAAUCGGAUUCUGACUCGUCAGAUGACGAUUUUGUGGAAAUGUCAGAAAUAAACUGACACUCAUUCUAGCAAGUGCUACCAUACUGUCAACAUGUGAGCAAGUCGAAUUAGAGCUCAGAUGGUAUCUAGAGCAUAUUACAUGCAAUAUUUUGAACAUCUAUGUUUAAGCUCGCAUAUUUCAUCUAUGUUUCCUUGACGUAGGUGUUUUUACUCAUCAACAACCCAUCACAUUUUACCCAUCACAACCUUAAAGGGUUUCUACCCAUAUAUUUUUAUAAUAUUGUAUUUUGGUGGUUAGCAUGUUGGAUCACUUAAGCACUGAUGAUGAUUGGUCAUCCAAUCGAAAACUAGUUCGGUGAUGUAGCCCUUUUUAGGGAUAUUCAAAUAUAUACCUUUUAUAAAAGAUUUUAUAUGUCUUUAUAUUUUCUAACUUUCUCAUGGUAAUAUUUAGUGUUAUUUAGUUCCUAUAUUCCUAGUAUCUCCCAGUUAUUUAGUUGUGUGUGUUGUGUCACCUAAUCUACUUUCAUUUCUAGAUUAUGCAGGCAGGUAUUUCAAAAGAUCAAUUACUACUUUAGCUCCAAGUGGUAUGUUUUUAGUACCUUCGGUAUCAUUUUUAGUAUUUCUACAACAAAUAGUCAAAUUUUCUAGUCAAAACCAUAAUCAUAUCCAAUGGAACCAAUUAUCAUCCAAUUCUUAUAUGACAGAAAUAUUUCACCAUGGAUUGGUCUCUAUGGAUAUAUCGUGAUGAAAACAUUCCCACUGGCAGAAAUUUGCUAUAAUUUUAUCUGCUAUGGGUGUAAUUUUGUAUCCCCAGUUUCACCUAUUUUGGCAUUAUCCGCUAGAUGAACAAACUUUUUCAUUUAUUAGUACCUGUCUCUGUUCAUAGUGUUGUAAACAGAGGGAGCUCCUAGGUCCUCACCUAAUGAGAAGUAUAACCUUUCUUGUAGUCAUCUAUUAUACCCAGUUAGAUAACAUCUUAUAUAUUAUUUAUUUUUUGGGCGUACGUAAUAAUUUCUUCAGUAAGUAAUUUUGCAAAAAAAAUUGAAUUGUAAUGAAUUUCUCAGAGCUUUUUAACGUUUUUAAACAAUUAUUCAGCCAGAUAAUCUAAAGUUAUAAGUAAGACACUACACUUAGUUAAGUAUCAUUUAUACUCAAAAGAAAUCUUAAAUACAGAAAAGGUUUUAAUCUUAUCUUACACUGAUAUUCAAAUUCUACUUUUCAGUUACUUCAAUAAACUAUUAUUAUUA